AAUGCAAAUGAAUUGUAGAAUUUUUCUUUGCUGGUGUGUAGGAAGAACGAGUGGGAAUGGUGUAGUGUGUCAGUUCAUUUUCCAGGCAGGAGGUGAGGUUACAAUCUGAAGGGUUUAGUUUGAAGGAUGUUUGGGAGCAGUGAUUGGAUUCUAACCAGCUGCGUGGAUCCUUUCCGUGAUGACACCAGUUUCCAAAUUAGGUUCGCUGUGUUGUCAUGCCCGUGGAUUGAUGUGUGGUGGUGGGGACUGAAUGCUUCACUUGGUGUGUCUAAGUGCUUUGCUGUUAAAAGAGAAGCAAGUCGUCUGGCUUAAAAUUGAUGAGCAGCCUCUGUGAUGUCCCUGGUUGGAAGAAUUUUCAGAACACGAAAUGCAGCAACUGAGAAAUGAUCAGACCUACGCUCUCCUUACUCCCGACCCUGCUGCCUGCUUUCCCAAGAUCUACCGUCAGAAACGGCACCUCCGACCUGUGUCUCCCAGUAAUAUAGGAGGGUGCAGCCAGGAUUUGGAGAAUUGAAGCUCUCGUCGUGAUCAGUGGGGAGUAGUUUGCAAGCUCUGUCAUCAUGGAGAGUGAACAGAAUCCACCUCCCACCAACACUAACAGCAGUACCCGUCCACAGGUGCCCCAGAUCUCUGUCUACAGCAGCUUGCCUGAGCGCCAGGCUGUCCAGGUGAUCCAGCAGGCUCUCCAUCGCCAGCCCAACACUGCCGCUCAGUACCUCCAGCAGAUGUAUGCUGCCCAACAGCAGCACCUCAUGCUGCAAACUGCAGCCCUACAACAGCAGCACCUGAGCAGCGCCCAGCUGCAGAGCCUGGCAGCAGUGCAGCAGGCUAGUUUAGCUGCCAAUAGACAGGGAUCAUCGCCGAAUGGGAAUGUCUCGCAGCAACCCGUCUCUUCCCAGACAACUAUUAACCUCGCGACAUCCCCUGCUGCUGCUCAGUUGAUCAGCCGUGCUCAAAGUGUUAACUCUGCAGCUGCCACUGGGAUUGCUCAGCAGGCUGUCUUACUGGGGAACUCUAACAGUCCCACAUUAACUGCCAGCCAGGCACAAAUGUACCUUCGGGCUCAGAUGGCACAGCAAAGUAACCUUGUGCAAGUAGCUAGGACCCUAGGACGUGCUGUUCCUUUGUCCCCCCAGCUCAUUUUCACACCCACUGCCACAGUCGCUGCUGUCCAGCCUGAGGUCACCAUCUCUCCUGCGAACCAACAAUCAGCUGCUCCACAGGUGCAAAAUUUAGCAAUCAGAAGUCAACAGAAUACAGCGGCAACAGUCCAGCCACAACUUCAAAGCGUCGCUCUGAAAGCUACUCCAUCUGUUCAGCAAGCUUCAACUACCUCCCAGCCUAAAACCACAGGGCUAGCUCCUAUGGCAGCUACCAAAGGAGGCCAGCCUGAAAACAUGGCCGAAAGUGGAAAGAAAAGUGAAAUAGUCAGCUCUUCCAGCACUGACACCAGAGCAGUCAGUGUGAGCCCCACAGCAACCCCUGUGACCACACAUGCUCUCAUUACCACAGCGUACGCACAGAUUCAGCCGCAUCAGUUAAUGCACCAACAACAGCAACAGCUUCAGUUACAGCAGCAACAACAGAAACACCUGCAGCAUCAGUUUGUCCUUCAGCAGCAGCAGCUUCAGCACCGACACCAGCAGACCCAGCCCCAGCAGACCCAGCUCAUCCACACCAGCACCCAGCUCCAGCCACUGCCAGCACAGCAGCCCCAGAGUGUGGCUGUACAGCCCAGUGCCCAGACCCAGGCCAGCGUGCAUCCUCAGGCACAGCACUGUCAGACUGUUGUCCAGCAGAAACAUCAGGCCCUGCACCUUCAGGGGGCUCACCCCCCGAGCCCGGUCCUGCAGCCCGUCACUCAGGCCCAGCAGAGUUUGCAGUCAGGCUCCCAGCCCAACCAGCCGGAUGGCCUGCUCAACAGUCAUGGACAGACUCACCAAACGCACCAGCACCAACUGGCACCGCAAACCACUGCAGUAAAUCUCCAAAUCCAGCCAGCCGCACACGUGAUCCAGCAGUGCCAGAGGAGCAGCCAGGACAUUGGCAGGAGAGAGAAGCUGGACACAGCCGUUGAGAAAGGGCCCUUGGAGAAAGCUGCAGCUCAGACAGCCCCUCAGUCCUCUACGUGCUUAAUAACGUCCGAUCAGAAGAAAACUGAAUCCACCAAGUCUGUAACACAAGGGAAAGCUCCAGAGAGUGUUAAUGUAAAGAACACCAGCCCUGCCCCCACCAUGACAUCCGGGAAUGGCAACACAACUUCAUCUGUAACUGCAAGUGUGCCUCAGAGCACAGAGAACAAACCCCCACAGGCGAUUGUCAAACCACAGAUCCUGACCCAUGUCAUUGAAGGGUUUGUCAUACAGGAGGGGGCUGAACCUUUUCCAGUUGGCCGUUCUUCAUUGCUGAUUGAAAAUCUGGCAAAACAAAAGCAGCAGCAGCAGGCAUCCGUGCAGCCCACAGAGAAACUACCCCAGCUGAAUAACGCAGACUCCGAGAUGGAUGACCUCAGCCAGCAAGACUCAAAGGAAAAGGAAGAGGAUGCUCUCAAACUGAAGUGUGAAUUUUGCGGAAGGCUUGAUUAUGCUCAUAAGUUUAAGGGAUCAAAGCGAUUCUGCUCCAUGGCCUGUGCAAAGAGGUACAAUGUUGGCUGCAGUAAACGAGUGGGUCUCUUCAAACCCGAUAAAAGCAAAUAUUUGCAGAAGAAGGAAGGAGGCAAAUUAGGGCGAAGAGGGCCAAGGAAGAAUAAUUUGCACAAUGCCAAUAAAGAGCAACACAAGAAACAACCUAAGCAGCCACCAGCCAAUGUAGGGUUAAAUCAGGAGGACUCAAGCAGAGGUUCAGAUAACUCCAGCUAUGAAGAACCGCUGUCACCGAUCUCUGCCAGCUCCUCAACAUCUCGGAGGCGCCAGAACGAACGAGAGUUGGAUAUUCAUGAUAUGAGGGUGCGAGAGCCAAUGGGAAUUGGUCACCACUUCUUGCCCAAUGACCCCACCAAGUGGAAUGUGGAGGAUGUCUGUGAGUUUAUCCGUUCAUUGCCAGGUUGCCAGGAGAUCGCUGAUGAAUUCCGGGCACAGGAAAUUGAUGGCCAGGCCCUUUUGCUGCUCAAAGAAGAUCAUCUGAUGACUGCCAUGAACAUUAAGUUAGGGCCAGCUUUGAAAAUUUAUGCCCGCAUCAACAUGCUGAAAGAUUCUUAACAAAAAGCUAUGGGAAAUCAAGAAGGAUGUUGGACAACUAGAGUAACGGCUACACUAUAAGCCCAGGUUUCUGGUCACUGUGAUGAUAGUACUCUUUUGGAAAGAAAAUGGAAGUGUUGUACAACAAAUUCAAACUACAAUGACCACAACACAAUACAAUUAUUGGCUUCAUGAGAAGCUUGCAUUCGGGUACCAUUUUUCCUGAAUAUGGAAAAGGAAGUGCUAUUCCAUAAGCAAAAAUAAACGCAGAAGUAUUGGCGCACGGAGUCUUCUCCCCAAGGUGAUUCGAUGCAUUGAGUGUUUAGAUGAUACUUUUACAGAAUGUUGUGACCCUGCCAGUGGUUGGCAACUGGACACCUCAUUGACAUCCUGAAAAUAAUUGUUUUUUGGAGUUAGAUCUGUCCUGAGGUUGGUCUCUGUUUGAAUCUGCAUGUUUAGAGAUUAGACUCGCUGUAGAAUGAUUUGAUAAUCAACAGAUCUAUUUUGUGAUCUUUUAAUGUGCCUGGAAUAACAAUGGUGCUGUAAAAUGACUCUAAUUGUAAUUGUAUAAGGCUGGCUGAUGAAGUAUUUGUGUGGAUGUUCCUGUUUCUAGAAUUUUUAGAUCAUGUAAAAGAAACAAGUGACUUAAUGUUCUGUCUGUGUGGCAGUAUUUCCUUUACAAGUUACAGCUUCAACCCUCGCCUGUAAACAUUCUUUCCCAACAUGCCAUAGAUUUCAUUUUCCAAGGUCCUUUAUCCCCCUCUGAGUUCUUCUUUCCUAAACAUUUUAAUAGCGAUUCAGAAAGCUGAACAGUCCAUAAUUUAGUAUUUCAACUGAAAAUAUUGUUCUGUAGCAAAUGGAUUAAACUGAAAGGUUGAGAUGACAUACAACUGGCUCUUGUGUGAUUUAGUGUGAGAAUCCAAAGGAGAAUUCCCCAAGUGGGAGAGGGCAUUUCUCCCAGUCCAGUUGCCACUUGUGUAUCUGCUAAAUAAUCCAGGGCACAGUUUGAUUCUUGGCAGUGAACGGGUAGAACCAGUCACAAUCCUGUGCUUGCCUAAUGGCUAUAUACACACUUUCAUUAUAUCAACAGGAGCUGGUUCUCACCUCUCUUCUUGCAAUCCCCCCCCACCCCCCAGCCAACUGUCCACCACCACCACCACUCGUAAUCGAACCCCAGAGGCAAAUUGAGACAGACUGCCUUCAAUUUGGAAUCUGCAGCUUUGCACCGAUUUAUAACUGUCGCAUUCUUCCACCUGAAAUCUCCCCGCUGUUCUUGGUGAACUAGUUUUGGUAAAAGUGGUGUGGUUAUUCGUGCAGUGCGGCCACUUUCAAUGCUGGCCAAAGCUCUGUAGCCAGUUGGGUUGCAACAAAAACAGUCUUUUGGCUAAUUGCAAGCAUUUGUGGUCUCAUGACAGCAUACUGUUUAUGGUAUAAUACUACCUCUUCUUAUUGAUGAAUACUAUAUUUAUAGACCUUGGACACAGACAAAGACCAACGAAAUUAAAAAUUAAGGGAGACCUUACAAGGCAAGAUACUGAAAUGUAGCUUUAACCAUUGAUCUUUAAUGUUGUUAAAGUGACAACAUACUUUUGACCUGCAGCUGGUCACUUCUCUAUUUAGUCUUGUGCAGGCAGUUCUUAAAUUGAAAAUCUGAUUUCCUUCAACAUUUACAUACACAGAAGAUUUCCAGCAUCCCUUUCUCUUGCUUCCCAGUUGCCAUAGGUGAUUCAAGUACUUAAACUUAAAAGGAAGAAAAGUAUAUGAUCACACUGAGCAACUGAAAUGUAUAGAUUUAAUUCUGGUAAGUACUUCAUACCAGUCACAGAAAGUGAAAUAUUGGCUUGCCAACAAACCUUUCUCUUUUUAUUCUAUGUUACAAGAAUUUCAUUUUAUUUUUGCCAGAAGCUAAAAGAAAACAGAAAUAUUUCAGUCCAUCAUCUUCAAGUUUCACGAGGAUACUGAGGCUAAUUUUAAAAAAGUUUUUAGCUCCCUGAUAACUUUGUUCAAAACUGGCACAUUUGCUUUUGGAAAGUCUGCACUAUUAUUUAGUUGAAAUGUAACAGACAUUGCAAACAAUGGAUUAUGAUGCAUUUUGUAUUCUUUUUGACUUGGUACCUUGUCUGGCAAGGAAGGCAAUGCCCUACUGAAGGUUGUGUGUAUUCUCAGCUUAUGAAAUUAUGUAGCAUUUUAGAGUGUACAAGAAUCAUGCUUUCUCUAAUUACAGUGACUGUAUUCCAUAUAAGGCAACCACUUUUUGUGCUCUACAAAUAGAAAGAUUCAGAUGACCAAAAACAGCACAUAUUGAGUAAUGUUGGUUACCAGACUUGGUCAUUUCCCUGUCCUGUUUGUUUUCUCCUUAGAAGAAGUACUGUGUUGAUUACGUUUCAAUGUUCAUUUGUUCAGGACUUGAAUUUGUGUUAAGUCAUUUGUAGAUUUUUUUUAAAGCUUUCAAUUAUUUUUGUGUGUUUUGUGUUUGUAUUUUUGUUAAAAACCAUUAGUAUUGAAAUGUUUAUUUGACAAAAUGAUGUCUGAAAUAACAGUCGGCUCAAUCCACAAAAACUAUAUUCAAAUGAAUGAAAUUGCAUUGUCCUUUUUGACAUGAUUAUGUCUUGCGCACCUGAUUUGCCGUCUUGCGCACCUGACGCACCUGAUUCAGCUAUUACAUGCACUGCCAACUGUGGUACUCAUGCAUUAACCAAGGGACUCCCAAGUGCAGUUCAGUGAUUUCAGUCAGAGACCAAUGGUCAGAUGCUACAGCUGGUUUCAGUGCCCCAUGGCAAGAUGGGGGAGCGAGUGAGGACAAAUCACCAGAAUCCCUGAUUCUAACUAGUCAUCCACAGUGGAAAGGUGACUGAUGACAACCACGCUGGACACGGCUGGGCUUAUUCCCUAGGUUGUGUCGGCUGCAUGAGGCUUGAUCAUCAAAUUAUCCCUAGCAGUGAUGGCUACUAAGGCAAGGUGCCAAGAGUGCUGCCAGUGUUAAUGAAACUAAAUCACAAGAAACCAGUUCUUUCAGGAAAUGAGGGCGGAAAUUCGAUAGGAAGGCACUCUAAACCUCCUACUUUCACCCCCUUACCCCCUCCACCCCCAAAAAAAACACACAGGCAGGUAGGCUGUCAGACAGGAAAGUGAAGGCUCACUGGACCCUCUGCUUUCUCUGCGGAUGUUGCCAGACUGGCUGAGCUUUUCCAGCAACUUCUGCUUUUGUUACAGAAAAGUGUUUGCUUUUGGCAUGGAAUUCUUAUUUCACGCUGACUGAGUGGAGUUCUCAGACUGCUGUUCAAAUGUUUACCAACUUGAAAUAUUCCAUAUUUGUUGAUAACCUAUAAAAAUUUGACAUAUUUGGACAGUACCAGAUUUGUUAUCCCUAUUAAAGUAGCACAUUUUGCCUACCAAGAACCACAAUCUCAUUCUUGUUUCCUCAAUUUUUCUCUAAUCUUGAGAUAUUAGUACAAAAGAAAGUGUUAGACAUUUUUAACUAUAUAUUUCUUUAAAGUGUCAUCUCUGGCCAAUGACGACUUCCUUCAUUGAAGUACUUAAGUGGUUUUUUUUAAAAAAAGCAAUGAACAAUUCAGGACUAAGAGCUGCUAUUUUGACAGAUAACUAACUUUUUCGGCCAAAUUACAAAACUCAAAUGGAGUUACUUGAAAUUGGGUCGGAAUUUAUUUAGUUUUUCCUAAUUUUGUCUUUUUUUGCUAAAAUUCAAUUUUUUAAAAAAAAAUGUUUAAAGCCAUUCUCAAGACCUCUUGUACUGUUUGAGUGCCUGCCUCAGGUUUUCAAUUAUAUUUCAAAGUGUAAUGCACAUAGUUUAAAAUAAAAACUACAAAGAUAUUCACUUACAAAGCUAUCUAUUUGCAGUAACUGUCCUUAUUUCAACAAACGUUUGACUAAGUUUGAGUAGUUUGUGGUGAUUGACAUCAAUGUGAAUUGAAAUUGCAAUGUUUACAUUCUUACAAGAUGAUAUUUCACUUUCCUGUUAACAACCUGUGUUGCCUGGUUUUGUUACAUUACAUAAACAGUAAAUUCCAUACCAAAACUGACAACAUAAGCUCCUAUGGAUGCGUUGAGAAUAAUUACUGAGUGAUCAAUUACUUUUGACUGCAGGCUUUUUUCUUUUGUGUUGAUGCAUAAUAAAUUGAUUUUAAAAA